AUGGCGGCUUGUUCCCCUCCCCUGUUGUACCUGCGCAGGGCCGCCAUCUCUCCUCCUCCCGCUCUUCUUCCUCCUCCUCCUCCUCCUCCUCCUCCUCCGUCUAUCGCUGCCAUCUCCGCAGCUCUUCGGCCGCUCUGCCUCAGCCGGCGGAGCGCGGAGUUGGACCGCGCCCUCUCCGCCUUCACCAGGGCAGCGCCAAAGCCGUCGCCUUUCCUCUACAACUCCCUCAUCAGGUCCCUCAACCGUGCCGGCCUCCCCCGGCGGUCCCUCUCGAUGUUCCUUCUCAUGCUCCACGACCCGGCGACCGUCCCCGACAGCUUCACCUACCCGUUCGCCCUCAAAGCCUGCGCUCAGCUGGCGGCCCUCGACGUCGGGGAGCAGAUCCACGGGCUUCUCCUGAAAGCCGCGGUUCUCUCGCCGGAUGAGGGCGGCGAUGUCGUCCCACUGUACAAUGCUCUUAUCCACAUGUACAUACAGUGCGAUAGAAUCGACCGCGCCUUGGAAGUCUUCGACCGAUCGCCUGCCAGAAACGUCGUCUCCUGGAACUCCAUGAUCGACGGGUUCGCCAAGUCUGAAGACAUGGACUCCGCCCGCGAACUCUUCGAGGAUAUGCCUGAGAGGAACAUGGUCUCCUGGAACUCCAUGAUCGGCGGGUACGCCAACAACGGCCGGCCGGACGAGGCCCUGACCCUGUUCCUACAGUCGCAGGAGCUGGGCCUCUGCCCCGACGAAGUGACCAUGGUCAACGUCCUCGCCGCCAUCUCCGAUCUGGGUCUGCUGGAUUCGGGGGAGGAGGCGCACGCCUACAUCACUCGCCGCGGAUUAUCCAUGCGCAGCGGCGCCCUCGGUGUCUCGCUGGUCAGCAUGUACAGCCGGUGCGGAAGCAUCGAAGCCGCUCACCGGUUGUUUGAAGGAAUUCCCGACAAGAACGUGGCCCACUGGACCGCCAUGAUCACGGGGCUCGCCGCCCACGGCAUAGCGGAGGGCGCCCUUCAGCUGUUCGCAGAAAUGCUGCGCUCGGGGGUGAAGCCCAACCACGUAACCUUCAUGGCCAUCUUGAGCGCCUGCAGCCACGGAGGUCUCGUCGAAGAAGGGCUGAAACUGCUACAACUGAUGGCAACCCACGGCGUUGACCCGCGCCGCCAGCACCUCAGCUGCGCGGUGGACCUCCUCGCUCGCGCCGGCCUCGUCGAGGAGUCCCUCGCCCUCGCCCUCGCCGGAGCCCAUCCGGGAGAAGCCGAGCCCGCCGUGUGGACGUCGCUGCUCUCCGCCUCCCUGCGGCGGGGAAACUCCGGCGUGGCGGAGAUAGCGGCGAGCAGGUUGAUGAACCUCGACCCCGACCAGGGGGCCUCCUACGUCCUCCUGUCCAACGUCUACGCGAGCUUGGGGAGGUGGGAUGAGUUCAGCAGGAUGAGGAAGACGAUGGCGCGGAGGGGCGUGGAGAAGGUCCCCGGGCUCAGCUGGAUCGUGGUGGGUGGCGCCGUCCACGAGUUCGCCAUGGGGGACAAGCUCCACCGCAGGCAGAAGGAGAUCUACGCCACCCUCUCCGCCAUGGAAUCCCACCUCAGGUGGGUCGACCCCCCCGGCGUUGACCUGGAAAUGCUGGGGCCGCCUACCUGA